AUGGGUGGUGGAAGCAAAGCGGUGAAUGCGGUAGGAUCUUGUGAAGGGGGUUCUCCAGAUGAGCAAUGCUUCCAAAUGUAUGAUGAGGAGGCAAGUUAUAUCAACAAUCAAAGAGAGGGUUCCCGACCAAACUACCAAGGUCCUAAUCAAGGAUCUUGGCGGCAAGGUCAAGGGAAUCAAGGUUGGAUCAAGGGAAAUCAACAAAACUCUAGUCAACCACCUACUAGCGACUUCGCUAAUUCAAAAAUCAAAGAUAUGUUGUCAAGAGUGUUGAAGAAAGUGGAAUCCACCGAUACCUUUUGCAAGGAGAUGAGAGAUGAAGUGAAAUCAAUCGGGCAAUAUUUAAGUUCUCACUCCACCUCCAUUAAACAAUUGGUGUCUCAACUUGGCCAAAUCUCGGCUAUCCUCAACCAAAGGCAAAAAGGCACACUCCCUAGUGAUACGGUUGCAAAUCCAAAGAAUGAUGGUGAUCAUAAAUGCAAUGUAAUUACUACUAGGAGUGGCCAAAUAAUUGGGGAAGAGGCACUGGUGAAAGAUGAUGACAAAAUGGUUGAAGAACCUAUUAUUGUUGAGAAAGAAGUGACUCCAAAGAAGAAGCGGGCAAGUAUUGAAAAGCCCAUUGUUGUUGAAGAUUGUUCGGAAAUUGAUGAUGCUUCAAAAGGCAAGGAAGCAGUAGAGGAGGUGCCAAGGGCUUCACCGCCCGUUCUAAAGCCUCCUCCUCCAUUUCCUCAACGAUUGGCAAAGAAAGCGGAUGAUGGAAAAUUUCUCAAAUUUAUAGAGAGAUUGAAAGGGAUUUCAAUUAACAUCCCCUUGGUGGAAGCACUUGAACAAAUGCCCGAUUAUGCCAAAUUCAUGAAAGAUCUUGUGACCAAGAAGAGGCAUGCUAGUUUUGAAAUAAUGGGAGUUACAUAUCACUGUAGCUCUAUUGUGACAAAGGCCUUGGUUCAAAAGAAAGAAGAUCUGGGAGCUUUCACUAUCCCGUACACAAUUGGCAUGUAUAAAUCUUUCAAAGCACUAUGUGAUCUUGGAGCAAGCAUUAACUUGAUGUCACUUGCUAUUUUCAAAAAAUUGGGUUUGGACACUCCCCAACCCACAACAAUGAGAUUACUAAUGGCGGAUAGAACUGUGACGAGACCGGUUGGUAUCCUCUAUGAUGUGCUUAUGAGGGUUGAUCGAUUCAUUUUUUCGGCCGAUUUUGUGAUCUUGGAUUGUGAAGUUGACUUCGAGGUGCCCAUAAUCUUAGGGAGACCUUUCUUGGCCACGGGGCGUGCUCUUGUAGAUGUGGAGAGCGGUGACCUAAAAUUUAGAAUGAGUGACGAAGAGGUCACUUUCCACAUUUGCAAGUCGAUGAAGCAAUCGGCGGAUAUGAGUGUUAUGUCGAUUAUUGAUACAAUUGAUGAAGCCAUGGAUACAACCGUUGAGCAUGAGCAUGUGGGUGAUAUGUUGGCGGAGGUGAUAAUGAAUUAUGAGAGGGAAGAUGAAGAAGAUAUUGAGGAGACGGUUAAUACAUUGAUUGGGUUGGGGUCAUACUAUUACAAUCCCAAGAAGCUUGAUCUUGAUUUAGAAAACCGAGAAACUCCUAUCGCAAAGCCCUCUAUUAUUGAGCCUCCUACUUUGGAACUCAAACCUCUUCCUUCACAUUUGGGGCAUGAAUUCUUUGGUCCCAAAAACACAUUGCCCGUGAUUAUUUCCACCCGGUUGACGGAUGAACAACGAGAAAGUGUUGAACAUCAAGGGAGGUUGAAUCCUCCUAUGCAAGAGGUUGUGAAGAUCGAAAUAAUCAAGUGGUUAGAUGACGGUGUUGUGUAUCCUAUAUCGAAUAGCUCUUGGCUUCCUCCCCCAAUAUCCAUAAAGGGUGUUCGUAGCUUCCUUGGGCAAGCCAGUUUUUAUAGAACAUUCAUCAAGGACUUUUCAAAAAUAGCCAACCCUCUAUGCAAGUUGCUGGAGAAGGAGUCAAAGUUUGUAUUUGAUGAUUGCUUGAAGGCAUUUGAGGGCUUGAAAGAAAGACUCACAUCGGCUCCUAUCAUCAUUGCGCCGGAUUGGUCUCAACCCUUUGAGUUAAUGUGCGAUGCAAGCGGAUUUUCCAUCGGGGUCGUUCUUGGACAAAAGCGGGAUAAGAACUUCCACCCGAUUUACUAUGCAAGCAAGACUCUAAAUGGUGCUAAGAUGAACUACACGGUCACCGAGAAAGAGUUGCUUGCUAUUGUGUUUGCUUUCGAGAAGUUCCGAGCUUACUUGUUAGGAACCCAUGUGAUUUUUCACACCGACCAAUUAUCUCUACGUUACCUCAUGACAAAGAAAGAUGCUAAACCGAAGUUGAUACGUUGGGUCAUUCCCUUGCAAGAAUUUGGCUUUAAAGUCAAGGAUCGAAAAGGUUGUGAAAAUUAA